AUGAUUGCCAAGCAGGCUCUCAGAUACCUGAAAGGCGUCGUCUCGUCCUUCAAGGGUAAAGUCGCGUCAGGCAUCGCCAAAAGCCUUUCACCUCGCGGAACUGGCCGCUUAUCCAGAGUCAACCAAGCACCAAAGCCGGCACAGGCUACCCUCAGUGUUCGUGCCCGCGCAGACUAUCGUCUCGCCACAUACCCCCUUGGGUAUCAGGCUGAGAAAAAGCGCAAGAGAGACGCAAAGCUCUACGAGCUCUUCUUCCCUACCUCAUCCCGAGCCUCGUCCCCGGCUCCUUCCUUUGUCUCUUCUUCUUCCUUUUAUACCCCGUCGACCUCUCAGCCAUCAUCACCCUUUGGCUUCCAAGGUGUCGUCGAUGAUGGUCCAGAUAUGAUGAUGAUCGAUGAAGAGGAUAUUCUCGUGGCUGACAAUGGGGAUGUCGCCAUGAACGAUGCCCCAUCAGAGUUCUAUGACGACAACAUGGACUUUGAAUUGGAGUACGUUGUCGACGACUUCUUCGACGACGGCGACAGCUUGAUGGAAGACGCGCUUCCUUUGCCAGAAGGCAUCCCUUGUCAAUACCCCUCCCACACAAGGGUGUUCUCAAUUCACAUGGCUGUUGACGUUGAAGUCAAGCCAUCAUCUUCCAACACCUCGUCGAACAUCUCACAGUCGACGACGUAUUCAUCAGUUGCUGCUCGUCAUCCAGGCAGCCUUUAUACACAAUACACACGACACCCGGAUGAGCCGAAGCGAGUGCUGCCAUUAACAGCACUCCAGCAUUUGCCAUUAACAGCACUCCAGCAUUUGCCAUCAACAGCACUCCAGCAAAUGCUCCAAAGUGCUGCCGCCCCGCGCACCAAAUCAAAAGAGGCUCAAUGGCAGUCCGUCGCAGCAUCAAGAUGGGCUCAAGCUGAGCCGGAAGUUGCUCCAACCGACGGGUUCGAGCUGACCUAUGAUGAGGAGGAUGAUCUGUCCGGCGAUGAAGGCAUCGACAUGAGACAUCCAGAUGAGAUCUGGGCAGCACGUCGGAAUUGA